GCAAUGGCAACUGUCCGAACACUACGGCGACAGCAACUUUUGUCGUAUUGGUAAUGACACGGAGACAUUUUAAGUCGGCUUUAAAUCUACUUUCUGAUGUGAGAAACAAACGUGGCUCAUUUUCUUCAGUCCGAAAAUGUCAGAGGGAUGUACAGUUUCAGUGGAAGAGAUCCAGUGUUGGUGGGAAGUCCCCGCCAUAGCUCACUUCUGCUCCCUGUUCAGGACAGCGUUCAACCUCCCGGACUUUGAAAUAGAGGAGCUGGAGAAAGCCCUAUCAGAGCAGGACUUGGACUUCCUUGGCGAUCUCAUCACUUGUCUGUUGCAGGGAUGCUACCAGCGAAAUGACAUCACCCCCCAGUCAUUUAGCCGUUACCUGGACGACAUCAUCAGCUACAGGUGGGAGCUGGAGGAAGGGAAGCCUAACCCCCUGAGAGAAGGAUCCUUUGAGAAUCUCCCUCCUCGCACUCAGGUUGAACUGCUGCACCGACUGUGUGAUUACCGCCUGGAUGCUGCAGAUGUCUUUGACUUGCUGAAGGGCCUCGAUGCAGACAGCCUGAGGGUCGAACCCCUGGGGCAGGAUGGAAAUGGAGCCCUCUACUGGUACUUCUACGGCACCCGCAUGUACAAAGAAGAGCCAACCAAGAGGAAAGCAGAGAAGAUCAGUGAAUCCUCUGAGCUGGCAUUUCCAGAGAAGAAGAAAAGAGGAAGACCACCAAAGAAGAGACAACUAGAAGACCCUCAGUUGAGUGAUGUAGAAACUGAGAUGACCGAGGUCACAGAAGAGAAGACAGAAAAUGAGCCUGAGGAUCUGCACCUCAACACAGGCCGUAAACGAGGCCGGUGGUCCCUGGUGUGUGAUACGGAGGAACAGUGGGUCAAUUUGGCCGAAAGCAUCAAGGACAAAACCUCCCCACAGGACCGCCACCUCUAUCGCGUCAUCAGCCAGAACUUCCUGCCGGAGAUCAGCAGCAUGAUCGAGCACAAGGAGCGUGAGCAGAAACAGAAGCUACUGGACCCAGCCCCGGUCCGCAUAUCACAGCGGUUCUCUGUGAGAUACAACAACACAGACGAAGAUGAGGACGACCUGAAUGCCAUCACUGACGAGGAGAAGAGGAAAGACGAAGAGCUGGACAGACAGGUCCUGCUGGCUGAGCAGCGACGAGAAGAGGAGAGACUUCUGCAGGAGGAACUACAGCGGGAGAAGAUGGAGAAGAUCAAAGCUGUGGAGGAGCGAGCGAAGAGGAGGAAGAUGCGUGAAGAGAAAGCCUGGUUGCUUUCUCAAGGAAAAGACCUUCCACCUGAACUCCUCAACCUGGAGCCUUCGUCUCCUGUUCACCGAACGCGCAGGAACAAAGAAUUCUAUGAAAUCGAUGACGACUACACCGCUCUAUACAAAGUGCUGGAGGCGUUGAAAGCACAUAAAGACUCUUGGCCUUUCUUGGAGCCUGUGGAUGAGUCCUACGCCCCCAACUACCAUGAGAUUAUCAAAACUCCCAUGGACCUGUCCACCAUUGAAAAGAAGCUCAACGAUGGGGACUACAUAGCCAAGGAGGAGUUUAUUGCUGAUGUGAAGCUCAUGUUUGAGAACUGUGUCGAGUACAACGGCGACGACAGCGAGUACACUAUCAUGGCAGAAUCUCUAGAGCGCUGUUUCAGCCGAGCUUUACUGAAACACUUCCCAUCUGAGGACGGCGACACAGAUGAGGAGUUCCACAUUAGCAGAGAGGACAAGGAGCGAAAGGACAAAAAGCGUAACCGCAACAGCAGAAGCUCAGGACCCGAGAGUCUGAUCAAGGCCACGGAACAAGUCCAACGGAAGAAAACCUCCCAAGGAGGCAAAGGAAGCAAACCUUUUGAGGAAGAGGACAACAAGCCAGCACAUCCUCCUCCUCCUCACUGGGCCAACGGACCGCCGCAUCAUCACAGCCUUCACCCCGGCCGCCAGCAUCUCCACGGAGGAGAUGUCAGAGGAAUGUACCACCCAGGACAGCAGCUACAUCGCCCCCCAGGUCCCCCUGGUCCUCAUGGUCCUCACGGUCCUUACAUGUACGGCCAAAGGAUGACCAUGGAUCCCCGCUUUGCUUACCCAGGUCACAUGCCUAGACAUGGAGAGGCUGGUUUUAACCGCUUGCCUCAUGAUUUUAAUAUGCAGCAUCGUAUGACUGAAGGCCAUCACAUGGCUCCACGCUAUCCAAUGGGCCCGGACCCUAACAAUCAGCAUCCCCAACACCCACAGCAGCACCCAUACAUGGGCCCGACUCACGGCCCGUCUCUGGGACCCCGUCCUGUCGCCCUCCAGCCUGGGGCUCCUCCUGAAGCCAGCAUGUACCCGUCUCACCACCGUCCAGAGGGGCACAACAUGCACGCAGUAGGGGACAGAUUCUCAGGGCCAGACGGGCCCCCACGGCACAACUACGCCGGAAUGAGGCCCCCUGGUAUUGGGCUGUCCAACAUGUGGACUGGUAUGAAUCACCAGGAGAGGCCAAACGGGUUGCACAUGCAGGACCCCAACAUGGUGAACCAGCGUAACUUCGGUUAUGGCGGCGUCCCUCCCCCAGUGGGACAUAAACCGUGGAUGGAAGCUGCUGGAUACCCCCACCCUCCUCCAAACGGCCAGUAUCAGAUCCCUGCAGCGGUCAGCUCCCCGGGGCCCACGUCCUCUCGUCCCCCCGUCCCCCAACCAGACUCCUCGGGCAGGACACGCUUGGCCUCCAUGUUGGAGAGCCCUGAGAUGCUGGCCCUGCAGCAGCUGUCAGCCUCCUCUGGACCCCCUGCUGGUGCCCCUCAGCAGCACAUGAGCAACUUCCAGCAGCCCGGGCCCCCAUCAGGAACUGGCAGCAUCCCAGCUCAGCCCCCUCAGCAGCCUCCCCUCGCCCCCGAGGUUCAGCUGCUGCGUCCUGCGAGAGACAAUGGGCCAGACAGCCGGGCUUCUCCACAGACAGACACGCAGCCCAAAGAAUCAACAUCUGGGAUCACUGCAGCUGCAAACAACAUGACUGAUAAAACUCCUGAACACAAAAACACUGUUUCAACUCACCAAGAGUCCCCGUCAAUUCAGAACCCAACAGGACACAGCACCGGGCCUCUAGAAGGCAAACAGGGACCUCCAGACUCUAACUCAGGCAGAGCAACAGAGAGUCAAUCUGGACCAGGACACUAUGAUCACAACAGAGACGGUCAGACUCUAUCUGCCAGCCAAUUAGUCUGUGCCAAUAACGUCUCAUCUCAAAUCAACGGAGGUGAUACUUCACCGUCCCACCCACCAAACGGUCCACAGCAGAACACUCCCAGCUCAUCGCUGCAUCACCAGAAUGAACUGCCGCAGCAUCAGACUUUAACUCAGCUGGUGAUGGACAACGAUCCACAAAACAAACACAAGCAGAGCCCCCCACAGAGCUCCCCCCAGCAGAUAAUCCAGAACACACAGCAGCACAGCGCUCUGCCUCCGCAUAGACUCACAUCGCCACAGAGGGCCGCACACGGAGCCCAGCCUGGACCCCUUCAGCCAGCCCCACUCACCUCUUUGCCACCCAGUCAUCCCAGCCCGCUCUUACCAGCUCAGCCCACACCUGCCGACCAAGGAGAUCAAAGACCGAGCGAGCCUACCAGCCGACCAGACACAGGAAACAGUUCUGCUCCGCCUCAGCACGCUGUGAUGAAACCUGGGACUCCUAAUGAUGUUUAUAAACAGACAGCGUUCAGCCCCAAUCACCACCAGACGUCACUGAUGAGUGUGACCACAGCUCUGCAGGUUCAGAGAGGACAGACCCCCACUCACUCACAGGGCCAGGCCAAUGGGGCCAUGGGUCCGUACGGUAUGGGGAACCAAGCACAUCCAAACUUCAGCCAGACCAACAUGAACAGACAAACGGCUCGCCACCCUCACCCCAAUCAGGGCAUGAACCCCCUCCAUAAUCCCGCCCACCACCCAAACUACCAUCAGCAGGGAACACCAGCCUACUCCUACCACAUGCCGGGCCAACAGCAUCCCCAAACCCACCCCAAUAUGUACCCCCCUCAUCAUUACCAGCAGCAGCAGCACUACUACCCCCAACCACACCCCCAAAGCCAGGCCACCAGCAGAGGGAGCUAUCCUGCAGAGGAGUGGCACCGCUCUCAUUAUCAGCCUCACCACACAGUGCCGUCAAACUCCUACAUACCUGCAGCCAGAGGAAACGGUCCCAUAAAGGAGAGCAGCACUUCUCCUCUGGGCUCUGAAGGCUCCAGCGUGGCGUCUCUGGUGUCUCCAGGUCACAUGACUGACCUCGGGCUGCACCCUGGCCGCUCAGAGGAGAGGAAGAGUGCAGGUAGAGGCAGCCCAGCAGGUCAGCCUCCAGCAGAGAGCUCAGAGCGACCCGAAAGCCCCAAAGAACUCCUGGACCUGGACAGCCACAACGCUGCCGCUCGUCGCCGGAGCACCCAGCCAUCCCAGCAGCACCACCCUCCCACCUCCGCUGCACACAUGGUGUCAGGCUACAUGUAUGACCCUCGGGCCGUGCAUCCUGGGAUGCAGCAAGGCGGCGUUCCUCCACCUCACAUGAUGUCUCAGGUUCGAGGAAACACCAACGGAGCCCCUUAUCCCGGUCAACCGUACCCAGAUCCAGGACGAUAUUCUGCCCAAAGACCCCACCCACACCUGAUGGAGGCUCUGCAGCGGCCUCAGCAGCUUCCCUACUCACCGGGGCAGACACGCAUGGCCAUGUACAGACACCCGCGGCCUGUGGGACACUUCCAAGGCAUGAUGAUGCCGCAAAGAGGAGUCGCACCAGACCACUUCCUCCACCCAGGGCAGCAGAUGAUGGCAGCUCCAGGCGGCCCCAGUAGCAAACAAGGAGUGUGACAGUGUACCAUAAGAGUGCACAUUUUUAAAGGACAAAAUGGUGAGAAUGAAGAACAGAGACAAAGGAAGAGGAAGUUUGCUCCACAGACGUCUCUACAUGAUUUUCUACACUGGACAGAACCUUUGGAUGUGUCUAGCCAUCACUGGACUUAAAGACUAAAGCAGCAGCAGAAGAUGAUAAUAAAAGAUGUUAUUGAGCCCUGGAGAACAAUUCUGUUUUUAUGGCGUUACUUAUAGACAGCUCUGUGGAUCUGACUCCCCCACUUCAUCAAGGACUUUUUGUCCUUUUUGUUGCUUCCAAACUUUGAGGGUUUGAACUUUGUUUGUUCUGCGGAAGAGCGGACAUUUAAACCAUUAGGCCAGGCUGCCAAAACACAAGGGACCCUGCCUUUAUGAACACUGGACGGCUGCCUCCUCUUUAUAUAAACAGAUCUGCAGACAGGGCCAAGAAGGACCGUUGUUUCUUAAUUCUGUUUUCUGUUCUGACCAUAUCUUCAAUCUCAGGGGUAGAAAAGGAGGUACUAUGAGACUGUCACCAUUCCCAGUCGACUCACAGACCCCCUACAGAUGCCUUGGUUUCCUUUGUGAAUGUAUGAGGAGUUUGCAGCAGUAAAGCUGCAUGUAAAGGACACACACGCCAUUUGUCUGAAGCAUAAACCGUCCUGAAAAGGCCCAUUUACCGUCUGUUUCCAGCCCAACUCUAAAUGUUUCCCUGCGUGUGAAGCAAACACAGUAUAUGCAUCUUUCAGAGCUGCCUUCAUUGUCAAGAAUGUCUUUAAAUAACAGAAGGGACUGGCAAAUGGUGCAGUCAAUAUCCAGCUGCACCAGAGUCUCUGUUAUGCACUAAAUGGAGUUUAUUAAUCUCAACAUCCUGAAUCGAGUGGCCUUGGAUCAUCUUAUCUAAAGUCAGACACAUUUAUGUAUAAAAUAUAUCUUUACCUCUUGUUCCAGAUGAGGGAAUCCUAAAAUCCUCAAACUGUGACUCGUCCUUAUCACUGGUUUAUGCACAUACACAGAACAUGACAUCUCCCGCUUGUUUUCUCUUUGACCCUGUUUACACUUUGCAUCAACGUCUCUGCUGGGCAUUCAGAUACAAGUUCUCUGCACUUCAUUCACACUUUGCAUUAACAUCUUCAGUGAUGACCUGUGAUUGUAACCCAACUUUCCUGCCUCUUCUGCAAACAUUUCCAUGGCUCCCAAGUUCACCUUAGCUUAGAGACUACAGUCUAGAUUUACUUCAUUUGAAUCUUACCAGUUCUCCACAAAAGGUUUGUUUACUUAAUAGUACAUCACUGUUUCCUUUAAAAGCAUGUUUAUGAUAAAAUGAGGGAGAAAAUCUGUUAAAAAGGCACUGCCAGCCUCUAAGCCCAGUUAAGAACAAAGAUUUGCAACAAAAUGAGUGGAAACUCAUCCAACAGGCUAAUCUGCAAUGUUCCAAAAGCACACCAUUGUAUAUUUGUUAGUAAACAAACUUCAUGGCAUCAGCCUGUACACUAGUAGUAUACCACUGUUUCCUUUACGACCAUGUUUAUGACUAAAUGAGGGAGAAAAGCUGUUAAAGAGGCACCUCUAGCCUCUCAGCUUGUGACUUGGUAUCCCAGCGUGCUGUAAGCAGUGAAGCCCCUAGCAAUAUAAAUGAAUUGGGGUGAGUUAUCCACAAACUAAGGGGCUGGCAGACACUUUUGAACAGCUUUUCUCCCUCUGUCAUAAAAUUGCUUUUAAAGGAAACAAUGGUAAACUUCUGAGUAAACAAACCUCAUGGGGUGCUGGUUAGAUUGAAAAGAGUGCUCAUUUCAAGACAGGUGACCAGCAAGGCUGGGCAUCACUGUUUCCUUUAAAGCAUGUUUAUGAAUAAAUGGGGGUGAAAAGCUGUUAAAAACGCACCAGUAGCUUCUUAGCCUGUGGCUUGGUAUCUCAGCAUGCUAUCAACAGUGAAGCCCCUGGAAAUAAAAAUGCAUGGGGAUGAAUUAGCCUCAAGCUAAACAGCUGGUGAGUGCUUUGCAACAGCUUUUCUCCCUCUUUUUUGUAAACAUUACUUCUAAAGGAAACAGCUGUGUACUUUGUAGGAAAUUAACAUCAUACAGCGCUAGUUAUAUCGAAAAACUCCUUAGUUCAAGAUGACAAGUGACCAGUGAGCCUGGACACUAGAAAUAUAUCACUGUUUCCUUUACAAGCAUUGGAAAAUGAGGGAGAAAAGCUGUUAAAAAGGCACCGCUAGCCCCUUCGCUUGUAGCUUAGUAUCCCAGCAUGCUAUAAGCAGUAAAGCUUCUGGCAAUACAAAUGAAUGUGGGUGCAUUAGCCACAUGCAAAGCGGCUUGCAGGUGCUUUUGAACAGCUUUUCUCCCUCAUUUUGUCAUAACCAUGCUUCUAAAGGACAUGCUGAUGUAAUAUUUAGUACAUUAACCUCCUGGUAUAUCUAUUUGAAUAAACUUUUCUGUUUUAAAAAAACAAACGACAAGCAAGCCCGGAUGUAAUAAUAAAUUACACAUCUGGAUAAGCCUUCCCAGAACACACACAGGCUAUCUGAACCAUCAUAUGUCAGACGGUCUUUUGCAUUGACUACAUGAAAGCAUGAGGAAUGACCUCUUGACAUCUAGCUGCCCAGCGUGGAUGUGGAUGAAGGUGUAAACAGGGCCUUUGUAUGACAUUGUUUGCAUUCCACCUCUAAAGUUUAUCCCCUUUGCAUGCUUGCUUCAUCAAGUGCUUCUCCUUCCCCACGUCAGCGUUUCCUCAGGGUGUACAGUUUCUAUAUACGGGUAUUUUUCUGCAUGAUUAAAAGACAGAAAAGUUUAGGAAAAUGGGAAUUAACCUGUGGGAAAUCAAUUCAGCUCAUGUGAAGAACAGUAGGGACAUUGUCCUGAACAAUAGUGGCUUAGCACACUGCCACAAUGCUGGAGUUUUUCACCUUAAAGAAAAACUCUUGUGAGAUGGAUCCAACCUGGUUUUCUACAUUCCUGAUGUCAUUGUUUCUAACGAUUGUCACAAUCUACCUCAUCCAACAUUUUGUGGCAUCUGUGGACUCAAUAUAUUUUGUAGCCAGCUGUUUGUAGAGCCACCUGUAGUAUAUAGGCGCACAGAUCUGAUGGUGAAACUGCCUUACACGUUUGGAGAAAAAUCAAAUCUGUCUGCUUGUUUUCCACAGAAAAUUCAGCUGUAGACUGCAAAAUCUCAAAUCUUAGGGAGUGUAUUUGUCUAGUUUAUUGUUAAAGAUAUAUCUUUACAUUUAUUAUAAGCCAGACUCUUCCAACAGGUCCAAGGUAACAUCAUAUUUGGAGAUGUAAAACAUAAAACAUGGCUGAUUGUUUGAUAAUUAGCUAGAAUUACCACCUGUUGGUUAAGAGCCUCUGUGAGGUUUAGAAUAGCCAGAAAGUAAAAAGAGCCGUGCAGCAAAUUUUACUCGGGUAUGUUUUAAAAUAUGUUGAACUAAUAGACUUCUCAUUUUAAGGAUACUCAAGUAAAAUUUACAUCUGCCUUUGGCAGGUAUUCUUACUUCUUACAGGCAAUCCAGGAGAUAUUUUUGCCUUUUUUACCUUUGAAUUAGUGUUAAUUUUUUUGACUAUAACUAUGACUAAAAAUGAUUGUCGAGAGCCUUUUUUCAUGACAAAAGCUAAACUAAA